CAUUCGUGCCAAACCCGUCCCUCCGAGAUAUUAACAAUUCAGUACCUGUGCAACUCUGUUCCUCACUCGCUCAAAAAGCUCAAACCAAUUACCUCGCGCUUUAUCUUUCUAUUUCUCUUCGCUUUGAGUUUUUAGACCAAAAAUGGAACACGGCCACGUUCCGACGAUCCUGGUCACCAACGACGACGGCAUCGACGCGCCAGGACUGCGAGCCCUGGUUCGCGCCCUCGUCUCCACGGAUUGCUACAAUGUUCAAGUCUGCGCUCCUGAUUCGGAAAAGUCAGCUGUUAGUCAUGGCAUCACUUGGCGUCACCCACUCUCUGCCAAACGAGUAGAUAUUGAUGGAGCAACAGCCUUUGCGGUUUCCGGUACUCCGGCUGACUGUACUUCUUUGGGAAUCUCCCAAUCACUCUUUCCUAUUAUUGCUGAUUUGGUAGUCAGUGGCAUAAACAUGGGCAGCAACUGCGGUUAUCACAUUGUUUAUUCUGGCACAGUAGCCGGUGCUCGAGAGGCCUUUUUCAAUGGUUUACCUUCUGUGUCUAUAUCAUAUGAUUGGGUUGGGGGAAAGAGUAACACUCAUGACUAUACGCUUGCUGCUGAGGCCUGUUUACCAAUCAUAAGUGCAAUUCUGGCUGAGAUCAAGAAUCAGGCUUAUCCUCAAAGAUGUUUUCUGAAUAUAGAUCUACCGACAAAUGUUGCUAGUCAUAAGGGGUAUAAGCUGACUACGCAGGGUAAGACUAUAUUCAGAAUGGGAUGGGAGCAAGUUACUUCUAACGUGCAAGGAGGGAAAAUGUUAUCAACUAUGACCAUGGAGGCUAACUCAGAAGGAUCAGCAGAAACUGAAACUUCAAGUAUAUCGCCAGAACAUCUUUUGUUCAAGAGGGAAGUGAGGGGUGUCCAACUUGACGAUGAUGAUACAGACUACAAAUUUCUUCAGGAAGGAUAUAUUACCGUCACUCCUCUUGGUGCCCUCUCGCCUGCUGACAAAGACUGCCAUGGCUUCUUUCAAGAUUGGCUGCCAAGUGUGGUUGGAUAUCCCUCUUCAUCAGCCUUAUGAUGUGGAUUAGUCAUUUUAAUCCUUUUGAAAGGGCGAACUAAGCAAAGUACUGCUCAAAUAAUUCCUUUGGAUUCUUCUUCCAGAUGCUAUCAUUGUUACACUGCCUUCUAAUUGCCAAACUUUGGUUGUAUUUCUGCCGACACCACUGUUAAGAACUUCUGAGAAAGGCCUUUCUGAACCCAUCUUUUUAUGAUUAAGUGGCAAGUACCCUUUUUCUUUAAGCUGUUACAUUUCAAUUGAUUAGUUUGAUAGCAACUCUGGUCGUAGCUUUUACUAGUUUUAAUUCAUGAAUGCUUCCAAAUUAUUUCC